GUUCUAGAUUCUAACGGUGUCUUCGAGUUAUUCUGGAAGUAUAACAAUACCCACAUCACAUUUGAAGCUCACGUCAAGACUCUCGGUUAUGUUGGUUUUGGACUUUCACCUCAUGGUCAGAUGUUCCCAGCUGAUGUGGUCAUUGGUUGGGUGAAAGAUGGAACUGUCCACUUUAAGGAUCGUCAUUCCACCGGUCAUUAUGAACCAAUAAUCGACAAGUCGCAAGAUUGGAUUUUACUAUCUGGUAAAGAAGAGAACGGCAAGACUAUUUUGAAAUUUGUAAGAAAAUUGAGAACUUGUGACAAGGAUGAUCGAAGCAUCGAAGAAGGUACCACUAAAGUAAUAUUUUCGUGGCAUCCUGAAGAUCCUCAGCAUGAAACAGGUCUACCUUUCCAUGGUGAUAGCAAUAAAGGUGCUAAGAAUUUGUUAUUAUUGAGUCCGGCUCAACACCGACACCUUCCAGCCGAUGCUAUCAAAUUUGACUUUGUCAACAAACAGACGUUGAUACCGAAUAAAGACACCUACUACCACUGUACACCAUACAGAUUACCUAAACUAGACAAGAAACACCACAUGGUUAUGUUUGAACCCACAAUAGAAAAAGGCCACGAAGAUUUUGUUCAUCAUAUUAUUGUAUAUAAGUGUCCGGCUCAUGUGAACUAUACCGAUGCCAUGCUGGCUAAUGAAUACGAAUGCUAUGCUAACGAUUACAAACAUCCUAUGGAACUCAGAGAUUGUACGUCUUCGGCCUUUUUAGCUUGGGCGGUUGGUGGUGGGCCAAUGUAUAUGCCAGAAAAAGUUGGAUUCCCAUUAGGCGAUGACGAUGAUAGUGGUGUAUUUAUUCUCGAAACUCAUUACAACAAUCCAACUUUAAAAUCAGGUGUGAUAGAUAGUUCUGGAUUGAGGAUGUACUAUACCCCAACAUUGAGGAAGAUAGACGGUGACACGCUGUAUACUGGAUUAGCGGUAUAUGAGAUGCAGGUCAUCCCUCCUGGCUAUCCAAAGUUUGCUUCUACUGGAUACUGUAGCUCUGAAUGCACCAGUAAGCGACUAGGUCAUUUACCAGAGGGAAUUCAUGUUUUUGCAGUCUUUCCCCAUUCACAUCUGUUGGGUCACGCUGUGCGGAACAGGAUCGUCCGUAAUGGUGAAGAACUAAUGAUAAACGAUGACGAGAAUUAUGAUUUUGACUACCAGGAAGCACGAUUAAUGAAUAAAGAAUUCAUUAUUAAAGCCGGAGAUACCAUCAAAACACAAUGUAUUUAUAAAUCAGAUGAUAAAGACCAUAUUACAGUGGGAGGAAUUUCCACCAGGCAAGAAAUGUGUAUCGGAUUUUUGAUGUACUAUCCUAAAGUGGACUUUGGCAUUUGUGCCAGUAUCCCGCAAUACAACCAAUAUUUAGAUGACAAAACACAGCAUAAACCAGCUAAACUCCGGGAACUAUUGAAUGCCAGGGACUGGAAGAAUGAAACAGUUCGUGCCGAGUUCCAGAAGGUCACGGAUGAGACUAUGCAUGUUAUGUCUUGUGGAAGCCACCAGGGAUAUAAAAUGGUAAGUUUCUGA